CACAAACACAUGUCCAGCUUUUGGUAAUAAAACCACUUGAAGUAACAGUGAUACAGGGCAGCUCACACACACACACACACACACACACACACACACACACACACACACACACAGACAGACACACACGGCUCACGAAGAUGCAUCUCCACUUCUGUCUCUGACUACUGAAAGCGAAGCAGCCGACUUCACUGCUGCGACCGCAGCAAUGUCCCUCAACGCCUCCCUUCCCGUCCUCGCGCCUCCCGAGGACGACCGGGCGACCUCGGUGGACGUCGACGCCCUCAUGGACAACGUCUCCAUCGUCCUCUACAGCCUGACCGUGGUCAUCGGCAUCACGGGGAACUCCCUGGUGAUCUGGGUGGCCGGGUUCAAGCUCAAGCCCAAGGUCACCAACGUGUGGCUGGUGAAUCUGGCCAUCGCGGACCUCAUCUUCUGCUUCACGCGAGUCUUCUCCCUCGCCAAGAAGCUCCUCUUCGACGACUGGCCCUUCGGCGUCUUCGUCUGCAAGUUCAACGGCUUCUUCAAGUACGCCAACAUGUUCUGCUCCGUCUUCCUGCUGGCGGUGAUCAGUCUGGACCGAGCGCUCUGCAUCUGGCGGCCCGUCUUCACCAAGCGGCGCCGCACCCUGUGGGCCGCCAGGGCGGUGGCCGUCUGCGUGUGGAGCGCCGCCGCCGUCUUCAGCGCGCCGUACUUCGUCUACCGCCAGGUGUACCGGAAGAACAACCUGACCAAGUGCUCUCUGGAGGUGAAGGAGCCCGACGGCGCCAGCGGCGCCAAGCUGGCUCUCUACUCCAUCCGCUUCCUGUGCGGCUUCCUGCUGCCGUUCGCAGGCAUCCUCGUCUGCUACGUCCUGGCCGGGAUCGGCAUCCGACGCACCCGCCUGGUGGGGAAGACCCGCCCCCUGCGCAUACUCGCGUCACUCGUCGUGGCCUUCUUCCUGUGCUGGGCGCCGUACCACUGCCUCCUGCUGGUGAAGAUGGUGGACAGCAAGAACGCGGUGGCGAAGAUCUGGCACCCUCUGGCGAGGGGCGUGGCCUACUUCAACAGCUGCGUGAACCCGCUGUUGUACUUCUGCAUGGGGCUGGACGUGAGGGGGCGGUUCAGGCAGAGUCUGGCGGGGGUGUACCGCAGGGCUCUGGCGGACGACGUGGACGGACAGACGACCCAGUCCAACGAGCGCUCUCUGGACGACAGCGGCGGGUCCAGACACACGUGCGUCGUCGCGGCGGGACGGAGUCAGGCGACAGCGCUGGACGAGGCUGAAGUCUGAGUCCGCCUCCAGAGCGUCGAAGGUCCACCCUGAUGUUUGUUCACGCAGUUAAAUCGUCUUUAACGAUACAAUUUAUGAAUUUAGUUAGUAACUAAAUCAUCCUUUUUUUGACUGGAUACAUUUGUGAUUGGUAGUAGUGCAAUACGGUCAAGAUGAGUCAUCUAACACAUUAUAUUUAAAGAUACAUUUUGAUAAAUAAAUAGUCAAAAAAUGACACACAUA